UAUUCACUGGACAAAGUCGCUAGCGCUAGUGGGUAAAUUUUAACUACCUAUAGUCUAGCGCUAUAGAUAUACCGUAUACGCUUGUGCAAAUGUACGAAUCUCUUAAUACCUCUGUAUAGUCCUUAGGCAGUAUAACGCUCAUAGGCUAUAACUACUGCUCGAUAUUGGCACCACUCCUAACAGGGAUAUUGCCUCGCUAAGAUAGACCAGCGCUAGCGCCUUUGUCGAGUGAGUACGGUAUGUUCCAAUCAUCGACCUAUGCACUCCACCAUCGAACAGAUAUUUCAAUGACGACUCUGAUUGUGCGUGUGAGUAUUGCCAAUCAAAUGGUUGUGGUUGUGGUUGUGGUUGUGGUUGUGGUUGUGGUUGUGGUUGUGGUUGUGGUUGUGGUUGUGGUUGUGGUUGUGGUUGUGUGGUUGUGGUUGUGGUUGUGGUUGUGGUUGUGGUUGUGGUUGUGGUUGUGGUUGUGGUUGUGGUUGUGGUUGUGGUUGUGGUUGUGGUUGUGGUUUUGGUUAUGGUUGUGGUUGUGGUACUGGUUAUGGUUGUGGUUGUGGGACUGACCAAGUUUGAGACACGAACACAAUCCUCACGAGUGGCGCCUCAGGA